CCCGCCGCCAUUGUUCUCUGCACCCUCAACUCAUGUCACUCAUUGACCUCGACGACGAUGUGGUCCUCAAGAUAUUCUCCUUCCUCCAAAUCCCAGAAAUCCUCGCACUACGCCAGGUAAUGUUCUUGGCACGGAAGGUCACGUGCCGAAGGUUUUACCUCGCUAGUUGCCUGCGGAUAGUCUGGACCGACUUCUGCAUUUCUGAAAUCCUCACACCUGGCUACCCAUUCCCCGAUGUCUCCCUCGAAAACCUCCCCCCGCACGACCUAGAGCACCUAGUGCGCCGCGCGCACGGCCUGGCGACGCGCUGGCGCACCAACACUUUCAAUCCUCGCAUGAUCGGCAGCGUUCAGAUGGGCACGGGUACCGCGCCCUCCGCCGUCCGCUUUCUCCCCGGCUAUGACGGCCGCUGGCUGCUCACCAUCUCGAAGGGCAUAUGGUCGAUCGCGACACUCUGGCGCGUCGACGCGCGCACGGGCUUGCGCAAGGCGUGCGAAUGGUCCCCGCGACGCGCGUUGAUCGACGGCUUUGCGGUGAAUAGGAAGCCCGGAUGCGCAUACGCGGCCGUGGCGCUGUCGCUGAGGUUUCAACAAGACGACCGUCAGGUUGUGCAAUUGUUGAGACUGAGUGAGGAGGGCGAAGAUGCGCGUCUGGAGGAAGUACUGGCUGACCCGCUUGAGACUAACUUCAGGCCGACAUUGCUUGAUGGAGACAUCCUCGCUUUAAGCGACGAUCUUACAUCGACAAUCAUACUCAACUGGAAGCUGGGUGUAUACGCUACACUCGAGCAGCCACACGAGGAAGAUAGCUUGUUGACGCACGACAACGGUGUACUGGUCGAACUCGCAAGACGUAGUAUUCUAGUCGUCCGAGCACGCUCUAUCCACCUCUUUCCAGCCCCUGAGCUUCGUCCCCGCGACAAAGAACCUCUCACGUACCGGCCAUACGCCAGUCAUUCCUUUGGCUGGGUAGACGGUGUCGCCGUACAAACCUUCCGCCGCCGCGGCGUGACAGCUCACCCACUCUCCAUCCUCAUUCGCUCCGAAUGCGACGAUCCCUGGACGACGGACGCCCAUGGACUGGAUCUCUACACGAUAUCGCCUAACCCUGCCGCCGCAGAGUCAGACGACGAAGGAGGCGACUACUCUGUAACAUACCCCACGGCACCAUACCCCGGAUCUGCGUCCGCGCGACUGGCUUCGCCUACCCCAAGCGCGCCCGCUCAAAACCCUGCAACUCAAGGCGCGACCCAAUCGCCUGACACCGAAUUACCUCUAGCCGAAUCACCUCCCGCCGAACCACCUUCCUCCCAAUCACCCACUUCGCCCACCCAAACCAUCGCUCCCCACUCAGCGCCCCGCAUCCCCGCCGUGCACAACUACCCCGCGCGCCCGCCCUCACCCGCACCCUUCCUCUUCCCGCCCGUCCACACCGAGCGCUUCCACUCCUCGCGGGGCGCGCUGCGCUGCACGGACCUCGUCAUGGGCCCGUGCGGGACCGCGGUGUGGGUGCAGCCGCCGGACUACGCGAGCGCGGGGCUGAUGUUUGGGAACGACGACGGGCGGUCGAUGCAGAAUAACGUGCCGUCGCUGAAUUCGCAUGAGGCGAUGAUGGCGGGCGCAUUUGAGGGGCCGCUGAGGGGGGAGGGGUGGGAGGAUGGGGAUGGGAUGAAGGGGGGUAUGGGGUUGCCGGGGGUGGAGGGGACGCCUCUGACGCGACACGGAAGGGUGCUGUUGCAGAACCCAUCGAAUGAUUGGACGUCGUUGGAUUAUGAUGAGGUGUUGGGAAGAAUUGCUUUCGGAUCCAGUGGAGGGUAUGUGAAGGUGGUACAAUUGUAGCAUAGCAUAUCAACUAAGAUCAUAUUGCUCCAUGGACAAUCGCAGGGCCGACAUAUGGUCGAGGAGGGAGGUAGUGCUGAAUUCUCCGAGAUUAUGAGUACAUGUCAGUAAGUAGAGUUCAGCACAGGAUGGGUGCGGGUGCGCUGCAGAUCGUACUGACGUCGAUGGUCGUCCUCGCCACCCCGCAGUCCUCCCACCCCAUAGCCCUUGUCUCAC